AUGAUUUCUAACAACCAGCCUUCUUCCUCUCGAACAGCAGUAGAUGCCAAUACAACACAAUCAUCACAGCGUACAAUCACACACGAUGCUGAAGAUGAUCUCGCUUCUGAUGAUAAGCGCGAGUUGACGAGAGAAAUGAUGAUUGUUGCAGAAUCUGAGGCAACAGUCGCUGAAAAGAAGGACGAUGAUGAUAAUUGUUUGGAAAUGAAUGGAAUUCAAUUCUUAAAAUUGCACAAAGGAUUGCUCACGAUCUCUCGGUACAUUGACAUUAUUGACAAAUGCCAGGGUCGAGAAUUGAGUUUCUUUCAUAUCAAUGGAUUGAUUGAACAAAUAGUGAAUUCAAAAACUGACAUGCAUCAUGGUGGUCAAUUUCUUCACGUUUUUUGGAAUUUGUCCAAGUUGUUGUCGCGCAUCCGUGACUUGCAAAUGAACAUUGAAUUCUUGUUUUUCGAGCAAGACGAGGUCUAUACCUGGCUUGAUGUGAUGGAAAUAGAUCGUAUGAAAACCCAAGAAGGGUUGAAAUCGAUGACUUACUCCAUUUCUGAAGGAGUGGAAAUUCUCGAACAGAGUAUAUACAGAGACGAUUACAUGGUUUCAGUCAAGUUACCCCUUUCCAAAGUGGAAUCUCCCAAAUGGAAACCACUAUUGAAAGAAUUGCUCAGAAUGUAUUUGAGCAACAAUGGUUUUGUUUGCCACACAUUCAAGAACAUGUGUGAUGCCAAAUUUCUUCAGCUCUUGAGGCAGAGAGAGCCAGGAUUUAUCCUUGCCCAACGCAAUGACCAUCUUUUUAAGUCAUUGUGCAUCUUUGUAGGGCGAUUUGUAGGUGAUAGUUUGAAUUUUGGUUCUAAUACUUGCUAUUCAUAUGUGUCCGGCACUUCAUUUUCAAGUACUUUGGAGUGUCCAUGCUUUGUCGAUGUUAUGGACAAGAUUCAAGAACAAGGCAAUGCUGCUCUCUCAGAGAAAAAAGCAUACUGA